AUGCCUUUAAGUGGAGACGCCUCAGGCCUCGCUGAGGAAGUUCAGAGCCCCACUCGGUCGCCACACGCUCACCCUCCCACCCCCACCGCCCUCCUUCCCGCAGCGCCAGACGUCGGUGCCCGAGCGAGAGCCGGAAUCUCCGCCGCUGCCAGGGAGGGCCGCGGCCCGGGCCGGGCAGCGCCGACCGCACACGCACGCCUCCUCCGCACGCGCCGCGCCCGGCCUCCCCGCCGCGCGGCCCGACCCCUCGCACCCGCGCCGGGCCGGCUCUGCCGGGCAGGCCUAGGCCGCGCCGGCCGUACCCGGGCACCUCGCUCCCCGGCGGAGGCGGAGCAGGCCCGACAUAAACUUCCCGGCGCGCUAGCAGAGGCACCGGCCCCAGGCCCACGGCCCCCACCCCUCCGGCGUCGUCCAGCAGUUUACCUCCAAGUCGCGGCCUUUGUUCUUGAAAUUCUUGAGCCGUUGGUUGUCCAGUUUCUCGUUGUCCGCCAUGGCCGGGCCGGUGACUCCUUCCCCCGCCCGGGCCCCGCGGGAUCCGCCCCAACCACCGCGCCGCACCGACACUCCCAGGAACCGGGUCGCCGCCUGAGCUGCUGUGCUCGCCGCGCCGCCGCUUCCUUCCUCCUCUCACCUGCCUCCGCCGCGGCCUUCUCCUCUCCCCGCCCGCCCCCCCGCCCUAACCCCAGCGCGACUGCAGCUCCGGCAAAGACAACUGUGGGGCCGGGCGGCGGCAACGGCGGCGGAAUGUGCUGCCGGCUGAGAGGGGGAGGCAGCCUCGAUCUGAGGGCCCCGGAGCUGCGGCCACGCCCAUCGCCUCCAGCCCAGCUCGCCCAUUGGCCAACCAGGCUCCGGUGCGUUCGACCAAUGGGAAGGGGCGAUGGAGAGCCGGGGCGGAAAGAGCGAACGGAAAGGGGAAGCGAACGACGCUGGGAGGAGCCGGCUCGGGGCCGGGAGGGGUGCGGCUGGGGUAGGCAGGGAAGGACCACGUGCCUUCGGAGAGAUGGGGAGGAAGCGACAGAGAAGUACACUUCAGGGGAAACCAGCAAGGGGAAGGAGAGGCCGGGGAACGCAGCAGGGCGAGUUGUUUUGCAUCACUCGUCCGGGAAGCCCUAGAUGCAGGGGUCCAGGGUCGAGACUGCGUUAAAGUAACGUUCUUCUCUCCCCGGGCGCGCCCUGUCUUCCUGGGCAUUCCUUGCGCUCUCUGUUCGCUUUGCAGAGAGAUCUGAGCUUCGCUCUUUCCCAGGUCGGACGCUCGCAGCUCCGUUCCCGGGCUGGGGCUCCCUGCCGUCCAGGGUCGAGUCUGGGGGCCAGGACCUGCAGGGAUGACGUGAGUUGAGGAGGCUCAGCGGAAAGCGACAGGAACGCUGGGUGGAAAAGGAAAGGGCCCAGUAGACGUAUCUGAUUUAUCUUCUGUGACUAAGCGCCCGCAACAGAAGCAAGCUGCUGUGUUGUGAGAUUCCCUGUGGAGAGGACAUGUAACAAGGAAACUGAGGGCAGCCUCCAGCCAACAUCUAGUAAAGAACUGAGACUCUUAGUCUGUCAUCCUAAAAAGAACUGAA